UACGGGAGAAAGAGGGAGAUAGAGGCUACGGCCGAUUCAGGGCUAAAAGAACACAUAAAUCAUGAAACCGUAGUAUGCUAUAUCAAGCUUAGGUUGAGUUUUAGCAUCCAAAUCGAAGGAAGAAGCCAUUUUUGGUUGAUGAGGUGAAUAAGAACUUGAUUAAGGGUUUAAAACUCGAACUUCAUGCUAAAAUUGAGGCCCAGCCUCCUCCUCGACAGCCUCCUCAUAAAAUUGAACGCAUUAGAUGAUGUUGACUCGGAUCCUCGAUACUCCCUGGGACACUUUGAUGAUGUUCAGAAGGCUCCUAGUUUACCUUCUAAAGCACCAAGAGAAAUGAAGGAACUGGACGAGAAUCAGAGUAAGAAGGGCCUUGGUGAAGUAUAUGCGGAUGAGUAUGCUCAGAAGACUGGCCUGGUUUCACUAGCGUUAUCUGUCUUAGAUGAGCAAAAAAAGGAGGUAAGUCUUCUUUUCAAGAAAUUGUGCUUGAAGUUGGAUGAUCUAUCGCAUUUCCACUUCACUCCAAAACCAGUGAUUGAAGACAUGUCUAUUCAAACAAAAGUACCUGCUUUAGCAAUGAAAGAGGUAUCAACUCUUCUAGAAACAUCUCAUUAUACAUAAUGCUGCAUCAGCUGUGGUACUGGCCAUUAGUGGUUUUGUUGGCUAAAUAUUUUAUCUUUUUUUGUUUUUUCGUGGAUGUAGAUUGCACCUUUGGCAGUCUUGGAUGCUGCCAUGCUGGCUCCGGAGGAAGUAUUUUCUGGCAAAGGAGAUAUCAAAGAAGAAGCAGAACUAACACAGGAAGAUAGAAAGAGGAGGAGAGCUCACAAGAAAAGGAACUUUAAAGGUUGCAAGAAGAGUGUACAAGUUGGUUGAAAACUAGAUUUAACAUAAUCUAGCAAAGGAUCAAGAUCAAAAGAUAUUAUUGACGGUGUAACCAUUGAUAGGUAAUAUUAUUGGUUGAUACAGUGUCUUUGACUAUCGCUUGGGACCGAAGAUUAGUUCAAAAUAGUAUUCGAUAGAUUUGAUAUCAGCACCUUUGGUGUAUGUUUGUAAAUAGUAGUUAAUGUACACUGUGCUAUUGCACACUUUUGGUUUUUAGGAUUUGUUUAGUGUAUACGUAAAUAUAAUUUACGGGAUAUAAAACAGGCAAAUGACGGAUUUAUAAGUAGGUCAUGCCGAGUUUUUGGUAGAUUUGCUAACGUUAUUACGGGUGUAAAUCAAUGGAUAAUAUAUGUCGGUCUCCACAAGUAUAAGUAUCUUCCCUGGACAAUGGCAGUCAAAAUUUUCAAGCAUGAUGGGAUAGUUCUAUUAAUCUUGUUCAUUGACAAGUCUAGGAUUUGAAGGUUCACGAGAUGACAUAGUUUUAUAGGGAUGGGUCCGAAGAAGUUGUUUGAUCUUAGGCUAAGAGCAACUCUCUCAUUGUCAAAGCACUUGUUGAUGACACCAUUAGCAUCUGUUUCUACUGCCAAUUGGGUGCCAAGAGAUGCAGCAGCAAUUGUAUUCUCAAGUCGUAGCAAGAAAAGUGAGAAAAUAAGAAAAACAAAAUUGAUUGGUAUUUAGUCAUGCAUCCAAGCUAAACGUUGAAAAUUUGUCCAAAGGAUAUGGUAUUAACUGCAUGUUUAUGUUAUGAUGUUACACUACAAUAAAUAUGAACCUUUUAAUGU